CGCGUCUCUACUGCCCCAACCCAAAUCGCUCUCAUUUAGUUUUACUCUCCUACUAGAGGAAUGAAUAUCUCAACCCCGGUGAAAUAGCGUUCUCUAAGCUAACCUAAUCAUUCUCGCCAGAGGUGUUGUCCUGGGCCAGCCUCGUCGCUACCUACAUCAGGCCAAUAGCCCCGCCUUGGCCCAGAACGUCCGUACGAGCCAUGAGCUUUGGAUUCGGGGUUGGUGAUUUUCUCGCCGUCAUACACAGUCUCAAGCGCAUCUCCGAGGAGGUACAGGGUUAUAGGGAUGCGCCGCAGCACUUCCAGCAGCUUAACGCUGAGCUCAGACUUUUGGAGAGUACGCUUCAAUGUGUGCUUCAGAUCCAGACAACAGAUGUCAAUGAGCUUGCUGGCCUUGAGCGGAUAAGGCUGAUUGUAAUGCAUUGCCAGCAGCCCUUGCAGGCCUUCAUUAACAAGAUAAGGUCGAAGGAAUCUAGCUUAGGCCAUUUUAGGAGUGCAGGGACGAUUAGUGCUGUCGGGGAAAGGCUUCACUGGAGUUUGAUUAGGAGGAAGGAUGUAGAAGAUCUAAGGAAAGUGAUUGUUUCAGAGAUGGUGGCUAUUAAUAUUUUGUUAGGCUUGCAGCAACUAACGUAUCUGAGGACGCUCGAAAAGGAUGAAUUGGUAUUUAGAAGCGAUGCUCGACAGCAUUUCGCUGCUUCUAAAGCACUUCUUACCAAUACCAUCGAUAUCUUGAGCAGUGUUGAGACACUACCACAUGAGAUCCGGCAUCUACGAGGGUCUUUCGCUAGUCAUGCUUCAAAAAAUAACAAGUUUCAGGGAAAGAUUACAGAAGGUGUUAGCACCAUUACUGUAAAUACGGAAUUGAUUAUAUCUCAGGGUAAGAAAGCUCUCGAGAGUGCGCACAGCAUCGGAAACCAGGCUGCUAAGAUCAUGGCUACAAUUUCAUCCCUUAUGGCGAACGUACAUAGACUGAUGAAGCUACUUGGGGAGUUUUCGAAAGAAGUUCUCGGCCAGAUUGCAAAAAACACACAAAUGCUCUUGGAUAUUCAUGCGAAAAUAAAGCAGAUCCUUCGUGCCAUUGAUGCGAUCCCUCUACAUCUCACCCUUGAUAUCGUGAGAUUUGAUGACGCACUUGGUGAGAGUUGGGCACUGCCAUUCCAAGCCUGCAGGGAAUGGGAGACAUUCAAAGACAUUUUACAAACGGUAGUCUUUAGAAACAAUCGGAUAGGAUCCAAUCGAGUUGCAUUAGGACAGUUCAUGAUCAUAUCCGCGAGAGAUAACUCAGUCUUCCAAUCAUAUACAUGGAAAUCUAACAUCAAACCUGGUGCACAUAUCUCUCAGUCAAUGGUCGUCUCGAAGCAAACCAUAGGAGACCGUUGUCAGUUCCCGUCGUGUAACGAGCCCUUGACCGAUUUACGCAAAUCAGAACGCGGCUAUAGUUGUAAAAAAUGUGGCCGCUGGUCUGUUAUAUACGGACGAACUACAAAUCUGCUGCAACUCGCUGCAUCUGGGGACACAAACUACCCUCUUCUGAUCGGGGAAGAUCAAACACCUCGGGCACCUAAUAUUAAAGGCCCCUCCCUACCCCCAGUGCAAACUCUCCAAGAAGAUUUUAGCUCUUUUCGAAGAAUCCAUGUCUACCAUGCUAUGAGCCCCAUUGCGACUCUCGAGGAAGCGCAUGCACUUCUGGAUGAGGAUCCAGAGAGCGCAAGGGCCCUUCAAUUCAUUGCUUGGUUCAAUUACCCUCACAGGGACAAUAUUGCAGAGGAGCCGCGCAAGGUAGAUCGUCUGAGGUCUACUAUUGAUUUACUAGAAAGAUCAAUUAGGUCAGAUCCCCUUGACAGCCAGACCUGGUAUCUCCUUGGGAGAGCAUUUAUGGACAUCGGCCAAGUGGAGAAGGCCUACGAGAAUUACCAGCAGGCUAUCUACAGGGAAGGUGCAUUUCCAGGAUAUUGGCAUUCCGUCGGAGUGCUAUACUACGUGAUAAACCAAUUUCUAGACAGUUUUGAUGCAUUUACACGGAGUGUGAGACUUAACCCUUACAUCCCGGAAGCAUGGUAUUGCCUGGGCGUCUUGUAUGAAUCAGCCGAAAACCAGCCCAACGACGCUGCUGAAGGCUACGAACGGUAUCUAAAGCUCUCACAAACCCCGGAUGCCACCACUACGGCUCGACAUAAGCACCUGCUCCAGGUAGCCGCGAGUGAGGCCAACUCCAGCAAGGUACCGCCGCUACCAAUGAGGGAUGUCGACCUUCGGGGGAAAUCGCACCAGCAGCAGAGUGCAGAACAUUACGAGAACAUUCGGAUUCCAGGAUUGGCUAUACGAGAUGCGGUCGAUAGUGAGGGAGAUUGGAGCGAUACAGAUCUAGAUGAAGAUGAUAAUUGAGCUCAUGGUGAUGGUAGGAAGAGAUCUCAUAGUAAUUCAAUGUAAAAUGUAAUCAGGCAGAGUACACAGCUAGAAGUGUUCCUGAAAUAGACAGGUAGAAAACCACCGACGCCUAAUUCGCCUUUUACUGUAUAGGACGAGAUAAUCCAUGUUUAUAUUAGCAUC